AUGAAUCCCGGCAAUUGUAAAAAGGAGAAUGAAACGAGCAGUGGUUAUGGUUUUGGGAACGUUAGCAAAUAUGCUGUUUUAACACCAAAUGAUCUGGAACUCAGGAGAGGUUAUUUGAUUUUUGAUGCAUCCUUCGAAUGUGGUAAGAAAAAUUGCAGAGGAAGAAAUUUGGGGCGAGUCGAGGCUCUAUCCGAGUUUGAAUACGAUCUUUAUAUUCGACCUGACACAUGCAAUCCCAAGACAAGAAAUUGGUUUUACUUUUCCGUUGAAAAUGUUCGAUCCCAACAACGUGUGAUAUUUAAUAUAACCAAUUUUACAAAGUGCGGCACACUUUAUCGUGAUGGAAUGUCUCCCCUUGUAAUGUCAACAAGCCGACCAUAUUGGUAA